GUUUGAACAGUUUCACAUUGGCAGUGAGCGAGCCAACAGAUAAGCAGAAAAAAUGCUCGAGAGGCGUUUGGGUCUAUAUUUAUUACAGUCGCAAAAAGCGGCUCUCUCUUCCAUUAAACAAAAAAGGUGGCAGACAAAUGUGGCAGCCACCAAUGAAGCUCGAACCGAUCCGGAAUGGUUGAACGCCAAACCCUUUGAAGACCUUCCCCGUGCCGGGGCUCUCUCCCUAUUCCCGAAAAUUGCCUUCCCGGGGGGCAAGUACAAAAAUAUGGAAUUUAUGGAAAUGAUAGAGGCUAUGCGCCAGGAUUACGGAGAUAUAUUCUACCUGCCUGGAUUGAUGGGAAGCCCAGCCUUUCUGAUGACGUACAAUCCCGAGGAUUUCGAGGUGGUAUUCAGAAACGAGGGAGUGUGGCCUCUCAGACCAGGCAGUGAGACAUUAAGAUAUCAUCGGACAGUGCACGGAAAGGACUUCUUUCAGGGCGUGGAGGGCAUUAUUCCCUCACAGGGUAAGUCCUGGGCCGACUUCCGAUCUGCCGUAAAUCCAGUGCUCAUGCAACCCAAAACUGUGAGGUUGUAUUACAAGAAAAUGUCCCAGGUCAAUCAGGAGUUUAUACAACGUAUUAAGGACAUCAGAGAUCCCGCCACCCAGGAGGUGCCUGAAAACUUUAUCGAAACUAUCAAUAGAUGGACUUUGGAGUCUGUUUCUGUGGUGGCUCUGGACAAGCAGCUGGGAUUGCUGAAAGAUUCGGGAAAGGACACUGAAGCCCUUGAGCUUUUCAGAAACCUGGACGAGUUUUUCUUGCUGACCGCUGAACUGGAGAUGAGGCCUUCGCCCUGGCGAUACUUCAAGACUCCCAAACUACAACGACUGAUGAAGGCUCUCGAUGGCCUCAGGGAUAUAACGCUGUCCUAUGUGGAGGAGGCCAUCCAGCGAUUGGAGAGGGAAGCCAAGGAGGGAGUGGUGAAGCCGGAGAGUGAGCAGAGUGUACUCGAGAAGCUGCUGAAAGUGAACAAGAAAGUGGCCACUAUCAUGGCAAUGGAUAUGCUUGUAGCUGGCGUUGAUACGACAUCCAGCACCUUUACUGCACUUCUAUUGUGCCUUGCCAAAAAUCCAGAAAAACAAGAAAAGCUUAGAGAGGAGGUUAUGAAGGUGCUACCCAACAAGGACUCUGAGUUCACAGAGGCGUCCAUGAAGAAUGUUCCUUUCCUGCGUGCCUGUAUCAAGGAAUCGCAGCGAAUAUAUCCUCUUGUUAUUGGUAAUGCUCGGGCACUUGCCAGGGACACAGUGGUUGGAGGAUACCGGGUACCAGCUGGAACGAAUGUCUCCAUGUGUCCCCUCAAUUCCUAUUUCAGCGAUAAGUACUUCCCAAAAGCUACGGAAUUCCAACCGGAACGAUGGCUACGACCUGCCAAGGAUGCGUCUGGAGAAUGUCCUGCAAAUAACCUGAGGACGAAUAAUCCGUUUGUAUUCUUACCCUUUGGCUUCGGAGCGAGGAUGUGCGUUGGUAAACGGAUUGUGGACAUGGAACUGGAGCUGGGAAUCGCUCGACUCAUUCGAAACUUCAACGUAGAGUUCAAUUAUUCGACGAAUAAUGCCUUCCGAUCGGCUCUCGUGAAUCUACCGAACAUACCACUCAAGUUUAAGUUUACCGACUUGGCCAAGGAGGAUGCCGAUUGGCUGGAAGCUAAGCCCUUUGAACAAAUACCGCGGGUGAACAUGCUAUCAUUAGUUAUGAAAACUGCCUUACCUGGUGGGAAGUACAAAAAUAUGGACUUAAUGGACAUGUUCGAGGGCUUGCGACAGGAUCAUGGCGAUAUUUUCCUAAUGCCAGGCGUAAUGGGUGCUCCGACAUUUGUAAUGACCAGCAAUCCAAACGACUUUGAGAUAGUUUUCCGCAACGAGGGCAUUUGGCCCCACCGUCCAGGCAGUGAUUCCAUUCGGUACCACAGAGAUGAGAAACGAAAGGACUUCUAUCAGGGCGUUUCGGGACUCAUCCCUAGCCAGGGCAAAGCCUGGGGGGACUUUCGAUCUAUUGUUAACCCCGUCCUAAUGCAACCCAAGAACGUGAGGCUCUACUACAAGAAGAUGUCUCAGGUUAAUAGGGAAUUUGUGGAACGCAUCAAAGAACUCAGGGAUCCUGAAACUUUGGAGGCUCCGGAUGAUUUCAUAAACACCCUCAACCGUUGGACCUUAGAGUCAGUUUCAGUUGUGGCUUUGGACAAACAAUUGGGUUUACUGAAAGAUUCGAAGAAAAACGUAGAGGCCCUCAGGCUUUUUGAAUACUUGGAAGAAUUUUUCGUGGUUGCGGCAGAUCUUGAAAUGAAGCCUUCUCCAUGGCGAUAUAUUACAACGCCCAAGUUGAAAAGAGUCAUAGCCGCUCUGGAUGGCAUCCAGGAGGUAACGCUGUCCUACAUUGAGGAAGCUAUUGAGCGACUGGAUAAGGAGGCGAAGCAGGGCAUCUUGCGGCCGGAGAGCGAGCAGAGUGUCCUGGAGAAGCUCCUCAAGAUGGAUAAAAAGGUGGCCACCAUCAUGGCAAUGGAUAUGCUGAUGGCUGGCGUGGAUACUACCUCUAGCACCUUUACAGCCCUUUUAUUCUGCCUCACCGAGAAUCCCGAAAAGCAAGAAAAGCUGCGCGAGGAAGUGAUGAAGGUUCUGCCCAAAAAGGACUCUGAAUUCACGGAGGCAUCUAUGAAAAACACUCCCUAUCUGCGAGCCUGCAUCAAGGAGUCCAUGCGAGUUCGUCCCCUGAUCUUCGGAAAUGGCCGUGCCCUCACCAAGGACUCCAUCCUCAGUGGUUACAAAGUGCCAGCUGGAACUCUUAUAUCCAUUCUAGCCUUGAAUUCUUAUACGAAAAAUGAAUACUUUCCCCAAGCUUCCGAGUUUCUGCCUGAACGCUGGCUAAGAAGUCCCAAGGAUUCAGAGUCACAAUGCCCAGCAAAUAGCCUGAAAUCCACGCAUCCUUUUGUUUUCCUUCCGUUCGGAUUCGGUCCAAGGAUGUGCGUAGGAAAACGCAUUGUGGAUAUGGAAAUGGAACUGGGCUUGGCCAGAAUCAUUCGCAACUUUAAAGUGGAGUUUAACUAUUCCACAGAGAACGCUUUCAAAUCGGCACUGAUUAAGUUGCCCAACAUACCUCUGAAGUUUAAAAUGAGCAAAGUUUUCCCGCGAAAUCCCGCGAAAAUGUUGAAAGUGCGCAGUGGAAUAUCUCUGAUUCGUUCGCAACCAGCGACCCUCUCUCUGGCCAAUCAAACGCGAUGGCAAACAAAUGCCGCUACAGCUGAGGCUAGGGAGGACUCCGAGUGGCUGAAUGCCAAGUCCUUCAAGGAUAUACCUCGUAUCAAUGCGCUCUCUUUGAUAAUGAAAAUGACAUUGCCCGGUGGGCAGUAUAAGAACAUGGAUUACCUGACCAUGUUCCAGGCUAUGCGUAAGGACUACGGGAAUUUACACUUUAUGCCAGGAAUAAUGGGCAAUCCGCCGUUUCUGACCACCUACAAUCCCAAGGACUUUGAGAUUGUCUUCCGCAACGAAGGCAUAUGGCCACAUCGUCCCGGCAACGAGGCAAUGCUGUAUCACCGUGAAGUGGUUAGGAAGGAUUUCUAUCAGGGCGUUAUGGGCGUCCUUCCCACACAGGGUAAAGCCUGGGGUGACUUUCGAUCUAUCGUCAACCCCGUCCUAAUGCAACCCAAGAAUGUUAGGCUGUACUACAAAAAGAUGUCUCAGGUCAACAGGGAGUUUGUACAACGUAUAAAAGAACUCAGGGAUCCUGAAACUUUGGAGGCUCCUGACGACUUCAUCGACACCAUCAAUCGUUGGACCUUGGAGUCAGUUUCUGUGGUGGCGUUGGACAAGCAACUGGGAUUGCUCAAGAGCUCUGGAACCGAAAAUAACAGCGAAGCUGUCAAGCUUUUCGAGUAUCUGGAUGACUUCUUCGUUUAUGCCGCAGAGCUGGAGAUGAAGCCGUCGCCCUGGAGGUACAUUACCACGCCCAAUCUAAAGAAAGUAUUGAACGCUCUUGAUGGUAUCCAGGAUGUUACAUUGGCCUAUGUCGAUGAGGCUAUCGAGCGAUUGGAGAAGGAGGCCAAGGAGGGAAUCGUGCGACCGGAGAAUGAACAAAGUGUUCUCGAGAAGCUUCUGAAGAAGGACAAAAAGGUGGCCACUAUUAUGGCUAUGGACAUGCUCAUGGCAGGCGUGGAUACGACUUCGAGUACGUUCACAGCCCUGUUGCUGUGUCUGGCAGAGAAUCCGGAAAAACAAGAAAAGCUACGCGAAGAGGUAAUGAAGGUUCUGCCCGAGAAGGACUCCGAAUUUACUGAGGCCUCUAUGAAAAACAUUCCUUAUCUUCGAGCCUGCAUCAAGGAAUCCCAGCGCCUUCGUCCUCUGAUUGUGGGAAAUGCCCGUGUGCUUGAAAAAGAUUCCGUACUCAGUGGCUAUCAAGUUCCUGCCGGAACCUAUGUAUCUCUUAUCCCGAUAAGCUCCCUCUCCAGCGACGAAUACUUCCCUCAGGCUUCUGAAUUCCUACCCGAACGCUGGCUUAGAAGUUCCAAGGAGUCGGAGUCCAAAUGCCCAGCCGAUGACCUGAAGGCGAAAAAUCCCUUUGUCUUUCUGCCCUUCGGCUUUGGCCCCAGGAUGUGCGUGGGCAAACGUAUUGUGGAUAUGGAACUGGAGCUGGGAACGGCGCGUCUCAUCCGCAACUUCAAGAUCGAGUUUAAUUAUCCCACGGAGAACGCCUUCCGACCGGCACUGAUUAACUUGCCCAACAUACCGCUUAAAUUUAAGUUCACCGACUUGCCCAACUAAAAUAUUUUUUUUUUCAAUGGGUGUGAUUUGUAAAUAAAUGUUCGUAUUUCAGCAA